CCCUGGAGGCCGACAUGGCCCGCCGGUCCUUGGCGCCCGGCGCCCCGCGCUACCUCGGGGUGGUGCACAAGCAGCUGGCCGUGAAGGGCAGUAGCCUGAUGGUGCACUGGGCCGCCGAGGACCCCGUUCUCUUCCGAAUUUCCAUCAACGCCUUCCUGGACCAGCUCGCCCUGGUGAUACGGAACAUCCGCCGCAUGGGCGCCGCCGCCUACACCCAGCCCGGGCCCAGAAAAGGGACCUAGGCGCGGCCCGGUCCCGCCUUGGCCAGGCACGGGAGUCCGACCCGGUGGAGGAUACCGCCCUGUCCGGGGUGGCCCUGCCCGGUGCCCCGGCACCCCUGCUGGGGGGGGCGAGGGCCUGGCCCUGUUCCUGCGGAAAAU